AUGUUGUUGACUUGACUGCGGAGUAUACGUUGUCAUUUGUUCAUACUAAUUUUCUGCCACGUGUUGCUGGAAAUAUUGCCGCCUUGGUCAAAACUUCUGCCUUGACUUCUAAGUGAUUUAGAAGAAGCAGGAACGAACUCUGUGCUGAAAAUACCUUCGAUUUUCUUGGUCAGGUCAUCAAAAAAAAUCAUGUCGUCUUCAAGACGUCUUCGUGCCAAUCCACCAGUAGACAAAUACUUUCCUAGUGAUAGUUUGGUGAUAGGUGCAGGAGUAGUGAUAUUCCACCUCGCCACCAAUCGCGUGGUCGUAUGCAAAGACACUAGAAAUGAUAUUUGGUUUCUUCCAAAGGGUCGCAGAGAUGCCAGUGAAGAGACCGGAGUCACUGCUAUCAGAGAGGGCUUUGAAGAAUCGGGUUACAGAAACCGUCUCCUCCCUUUGCCUCUUCCACAUAUCCAACCACGCCCAAAUGGUGAUGCCCAGAAAUGCGACACCGAGCCCAUAGCCACACGCCUUUUACCCGUAGCGACACAUUACCAAUACAUGCUUUUCUGGUAUGCGGCAGAAACGCUACCUCCUUGUAUAGAAACAUCUCUCAACGCCUCUGCUUCUGGAGCUUUUGCCCUACCACCACCAUUUCCUGCAAACACAACAUUAGCACAGAGGGUAGCAGAGGAUCAAAAUGAGGAUGGAGGGGUGGAAGAGCCGAAGAGACAUGAAGGGACGGGGGUGGAUGAGGAUGAGGCGUUUUAUGUGGGUGUAUUGAUGGGGGUGGAAGAGGCGAUUGAGGUGCUAGGGGGAAGUAGUGGAGAUGUGGUUAGGAGGGCUUGGGAGGGUGUGUGUUUGAGGAAGAAGAUGGAAGGGGAGAAGUAGGAGGGCUAUAUGAGGGGGAGAUCUGUAAUGGCUUAUCACGGUGCCAUAAGAAUGCAAGAUAUUCUUGAAGAGACUAAAGGUGGUUCUCUCCCAUUAUCGAUC